AUGUUUCGGAGCUUCAAGAAGGUCGCGAAUCGGGACUUGUGGGAGGAGCUCAGCGGCAUCAUCGAGAGCCUGGCUGCGGCCGGCACGGAGGUGUCGUUCUGGCUUAUUCCGCCGGGAGGCGCUGUCAAGCAGGACUCCGUGCUGGUGCGAGAGACUAAGGACGCUGCGAGGGAGGCGGCGACGUCGCACUAUGACGCUGUUGCUACUGAGUUCACGCGCCUGUGUGGUAUCAUGGUGUAA